AUGGCCAACGCGAGCGAGGGCGAAUCGGGAAACGAGGCGUUCGCGAGGAAGCUGGCCGAGAUCCUGACGACGGAGAGCACGGCGACGAUCAGCUGGAACGCGAAUGGAUCCGCCUUUCAAGUCCACGACGUGGAGCGCUUCAGCGAGGACAUCCUCACCAAGUACUACCGGCACUCCAAGUUCUCGUCCUUCCAGCGCCAGCUCAACCUCUACUCCUUCCGCAAGAUCGUCAAGGGCGCGGACGCCGGCGGCUACGCGCACCCCAUGUUCCGGCGCGACAGGCCUGACGACCUCUACCACGUCCGCCGCUCCAUCUCGGGUUCCGCUCGGUAUGAACCGGCCGCCGCAGCUGCGAAGGCCACCGCAAAGCGCAACGCCGCGGCUUCCAAGGCGGCCGCCCUGAAGCAGCAGGCGAGCGCCGCCGCCGCCGCCGCCCGGGGCGAGUGGUCCCCGCCCGCGCGCGUACACAAGUCCGGAGCGGCGGCGAGGAGGGUCGGGAAGUUGCGCAACAAGUCGUCGCCGGCCGGGAGCAACAGCAGCAGCAGAGGAGGAGACAAGCCCUCCUCCUACUCCGCCCGACUCGUUGCGGACCACCAGAGAGCGGGCGUUGCCACAGCAGCAGCAGCGGCGGCACCUGGAUCAGGGGGGGGGGGCGUAGGGAUUCCGGCCUCCUCGGCGGACGCGGCCGCUGGUUCCUCGGAUGCGGGGGAGAGAUCGCCGUGGACCUCCGGAGAGAGCAGCGACAGCGACGCUGCGGCCACUCUACCCCAGGCGGGGGUGUCAGCUGCUUCCGCGAGGAGAAAACAGCAGCUGCAGCAGCAGAGAAAACAACAAGCCCGCCGCGGCGACACUGCUGCUGCCGCCGCGACCGAUUCCUCAGGCGACGAGGCAUCGUCCUCGGAGGAUAGCGACGAAGACUGCGUAGGAAGGAGUCAUGAACAGCAGCAGCACGCGUUGGAGCGAGGAGGUCGGCUGGCGGAGAAACGGCAGCAGCAGGGGCGGAGGAGCUAUUCCCCCUCACUCCGGGACACAUCGGGCGAGGUGGCUGGAGAGUGCGGCAGGGGCGGGGGGGAGGGGACGCAGCAGCUGCGGGAUGGAGGAGAGGCACCCGCCGGUGCUGGCUCGGCCUCUCCCACGCGCAAGUCGUCGCCCUUCUCCUUUUUCAAGAAGUUCAGCUUCGUGGAGAGGCAGUCGAGCAGCGGCCACAACAGAAACAUGAGCACGUCGUCGAGCGUGGACAUGACGACUGCAGGCGCGCUCCCCUCCGAACGACCCGCCUCCUCCUCCGCUGGCGACGACGGCCCGAUCUCGCCGCUCAUGGUAGACACCUCGGCCGAGGCUCGCGCCGCGGCCUCUGGUGCCAGCCUGCGCGGCGUUCGCCCCCCGCCCGUAACGGUAACCGGCGGCGGGCAACGAAUACCGAUCGAUCCCAGCACCGCUGCCGGCAAUAAGGCGCUAACCUCGUCCCCGUUGACGCCGAAGUCGUCGUUGGAAGCGGCGGCGAUGGCGACGGCGGCGGCGGCGGCGGCGGCAUCGGCUAUGCCGCCGCCGCCCAAGCGAGAGCAGCGCGAGGAGCUGGGCCUCGUGGAGCAGCUGACGAACAUGGUGGAGGUGUUCGACAUCUGCGACCUCUUGAGGAAGGUCUCUACGUCGGGGUCUUCGCGGCUGGACAAGCACGGUGCCAUCAUGAAACCUUCCAGUGGUGGCGGCGGAGGCGGAGGGCCGCACCACCUCAGGAACAUGAGCGUAGACACGGACCAGGGGAUGCCGCAGUCUCCCCUCGGGGGGGGGCAGUCGCCCACCGGGCUGGGUAGUCUCGCUUCCAUGGAACUUGUGCGGGAUUCCAGCAAAGACUGGGACACCCUCAUGGCCGGGUCGGCGGAUGUCAGCGACCUUGGAAAUACCAUGGUGCAAAGCGUGGCAGAGUUCUUUUCCUUCUAAUCGUAGAACCAGGAGACUCCAUGCAAAGAAAAAAUAUCGUUGUUGCUGUCUGUUUGUCAAAGGCGGACGUACCCCUUUUUCUCUCUUUCUGGUCUUGGUUGUUCCGCCGCAUCGAGAGACGACGGGUAGGUUUUCUGUACUAAAAGCAGAGACGCGAGUGUUGCCUCUCGGGGUCGGUACGUGCGGGAGACACGUAUACCCUCUCCGUUGUGACAAGAAUCACGCCUCCUUUGAUAUUUUCGUGAAACAGCCGUCGAUCGCCGGCCGGGCGGUCUGUUGCCCACUAUCGUACUUUUCUUUUUCCGCGUUGUGGAGCACCGGCAGUUAUGUCUUUUUUUUUUAUUUGCUGUGCGUAUUCUUGUUUGUGUGUUGUGUUUGUUGGCUAUUUGUGUGCGUGAAGAUGUUCCCUUGCCCUUUCUUUUUUGGUCUCCUGGACGAGUGAUCUUGUAUCAGUAAGGAGACGGAACGGUGGCCACUGGGAUGAACCGUUCGUGUUUCCCUCUCUUCAGAGUAAGGGCUUGAGGGAAGGGCACGAUGAGGGGAUCAGGGUUAACCUCAGUAACGUUGCGCGUGUCCAUGCGAGGACAUGGUGGAACGCAGAGGGAUACUAAUCCGAGGCAGCGGGGAGUAUCAUGGCACACCCAGGUUGUUGUACGGGGGGGGGGGGGUUUCCAUGACCUUGUGUUGAGCGGAAUAGCUCAAGGCUGGUAUUGUCUAUUUGCUUGUGCUGUAUCGAGGAGGGGGGGGGGUAGAGAGACUCCAUCGCCGUGUCGUGCGAGUGGAUGGCCGGGUCAUUUCGACUAGUGUAUUUUUGUUCAUUUUUUUUUCGCCCGCCGCCACGUGUCAUGGGGAGCGAGGAAAGCGAGAAAGUCCCCCACCCCCCCCCUCCCUCGGGGUUGUCGCUCAACAGCCUAUCUGUCUUCCUUUGUGGUUCGGUUCGAAAAACGCGCCCGGGCCUAAGGAUUGACAUGCCCCCCGGACUAGUGCUGUGUGGAGGGCGCGGGGGGGGGGGGGGGAAUGUAAAAAAGGGGCUUUUUUUUUUAAACCCCCAAAGGAAAAGUGUGACCCCUUUUUCUGUUGCCCCCUUGUUUUUUUUAAUCCUUUUUUCCAGGGGGGGGGCCCAAAAAUGGAAGAAGCCCGGCAUGGGCUUCCAAAAACCCAAAAAAUUAAUAUGCCCCUCUUUUUCUAAAAAAAAAUUUUUUG